AGUGCCUUCUGUCAUAGCUCAAGAGUUUCAGAAGGGUUGGAAGCCAGAGAGGAAGGUGAAUGUACUAUGCCUGUGAGCUAUACAAUAUGUACACAGUACUGUUUUUUUGCUAGUAUCAAGUUAGGAUUUCUUGCUACCACUCCUGCUUUGAUGGUAAUGCAGUUUUAAAAGAAAUCCUAAGAAUAAUACAGCAAAAAUGGGUGAGGUGAAUAAAGAUGACGUUGAAAAGUACUUGGAGAACAACCCCCAGUUUGCCAAGGAGUAUUUCGACCGAAAAAUGAGGGCAGAAGUGCUGGGAAGUAUCUUUAAAGUGAGCCCUGGAGAUGUGAAGGAAGGAGUCAGCUUCAAAGACAUGUCCCGUCUGGAGGAGUGUGACAUACUUUUUGAGCUGCUAACAGAAAUCCAGGAUGAAGGAGGCAAUAUGGAAAAGAUAGUGCACAAGGCCCUACAGAGGCUAGCACAGCUGCUGGCAGCUGAUCGGUGUAGUAUGUUUCUUUGCCGUUCCCGAAAUGGUAUUCCAGAGGUGGCCACCAGGCUUCUCAAUGUCACUCCAACUUCCAGCUUUGAGGAGAAUUUGGUGAAACCAGACAAUGAGACUGUUUUUCCUCUGGACAUCGGGAUAGCGGGAUGGGUUGCUCAUACCAAGAAGUUUUUUAAUAUACCUGAUGUGAAAAAGAACAACCAUUUUUCUGACUUUCUGGACAAAAAAACUGGUUACACAACAAUCAAUAUGCUGGCAACCCCAAUUGUGCAGGGUAAAGAGGUGCUUGCUGUUGUGAUGGCACUCAACAAAUUAAAUGCCACUGAGUUCUCAAAAGAGGAUGAAGAGGUUUUUAAAAAAUACCUCAAUUUUAUAUCCUUGGUCCUAAGAAAUCACCAUACAACAUACCUCUACAAUAUUGAAUCUCGAAGAAGUCAGAUGCUUUUGUGGUCUGCCAACAAAGUAUUUGAAGAGCUAACAGACAUAGAACGGCAGUUUCACAAAGCACUGUAUACUAUUCGAAUGUAUUUGAAUUGUGAAAGAUACUCUGUUGGUCUGCUGGACAUGACUAAAGAGAAGGAGUUUUAUGACGAGUGGCCAAUCCGGCUGGGGGAAGCAGAGCCUUACAAAGGCCCCAAGACACCUGAUGGACGAGAAGUCAACUUUUAUAAGAUUAUUGACUAUAUUUUACAUGGAAAAGAAGAAAUCAAAGUCAUUCCGUCACCUCCAGCAGAUCACUGGUGUCUUGCCAGUGGGCUGCCGACAUAUGUUGCUGAAAAUGGAUUUAUUUGUAACAUGAUGAAUGCCCCAGCAGAUGAGUAUUUCACAUUUCAGAAAGGACCAGUGGAUGAGACCGGAUGGGUUAUCAAAAAUGUCCUGUCAUUGCCCAUUGUCAACAAAAAAGAAGAAAUCGUAGGAGUUGCGACAUUUUACAAUAGGAAAGAUGGAAAACCUUUUGACGAGUAUGAUGAACAGAUCAUUGAAACUCUCACACAGUUUCUGGGGUGGUCUGUUUUAAAUACUGACACUUAUGACAAAAUGAACAAGCUUGAAAACAGGAAAGACAUUGCUCAGGAAAUGCUUAUGUACCAGACAAAGGCCACCCCCUCUGAAGUUGAAUCUAUACUGAAAUACAAGGAGAAAUUAAAUGUAAAUAAUAUAGAAGAAUGUGAUCAAAAGGAUCUUAUCAGGAUUUUGAAGGAAGAAUUACCUGAUCCAAAGGAUUUGGAACUGUAUGAAUUCCGUUUCAGUGAUUUCCCUGUUACAGAGCAUGGCCUGAUAACUUGUGGAAUACGACUGUUCUUUGAGAUAAAUGUUGUUGAAAAGUUCAAAGUCCCAGCUGAGGUCCUUACAAGAUGGAUGUACACAGUCAGGAAGGGUUACCGAGAUAUCACUUACCAUAACUGGCGACAUGGAUUCAAUGUGGGACAAACCAUGUUUACUCUGCUAAUGACAGGCAAAAUAAAGAAAUACUAUACUGAUCUAGAAGCCUUUGCCAUGGUUGCUGCUGCUUUCUGCCAUGAUAUUGAUCACAGAGGGACUAACAACUUGUAUCAAAUGAAGUCAGCUGCUCCGCUGGCAAAACUUCAUGGCUCUUCCAUUUUAGAAAGGCAUCACCUAGAGUACAGUAAAACUCUGCUGCAAGAUGAGAGUUUAAACAUCUUCCAGAACCUGAAUAAGCGCCAGUUUGAAACCGUUCUACACUUAUUUGAAGUUGCAAUAAUAGCAACUGACUUGGCUUUGUAUUUCAA